AUGUGGGAUACGCAUAUCCAUUGUUUCGAUCCGGAGCGAUACCCUUUCAAAUCAACACGCAAAUACACCCCAGCGCCAGCUCGGCUUGAUGACCUUCUCAAAAACUGCGAAAGCCCACGACUUGUCUUAGUGCAAGCUUCAAUUGAGGACGGUUACCGGGGCUUAGUCGCUCACCUCCAACGCAUUCAUUCCGAGCAUCCACAUCUUCUGGCUCGUGGGACAAUCUGCAUGGACGAACACUGGGAGACACUGACAGACGAAGAUUUUGAUUUCUUGCAAAGUGUCGGCGUCAGAUCAUGUCGAGUGCAUGGUGUUCAUGUAGCAAGUCCGUUGAGCAUAGAAGAACAGAUUCGCCAGUUCGCCCGCUCUUAUCCCGCCCAGAGAUUCGGCUGGAGUCUCUCUGCACAACUGCCGUUAGCAAUAUGGGCAUCUCUUGAGAAAUUCAUUCUAUACGACCGAGAGCUCUCUUCUCUGGCUAUAAUUGCGGACCAUAAUGGAUGUGCCACCCCCACCGACAUUGACAGCGCCGAGCUUGAUGCAUUUAUCAACCUGUUGCAAUCUGGGAGGUUUUAUGUCAAGGUUGCCGCACUAUAUCGUCGCUGUGCCAAAUCCAUUGAUCACAUGCAACCAAUUAUUCACCAAUUUGCGACCCUCGCUCCACAAUCCCUUCUCUGGGGCAGCGACUGGCCCCAUGUCGAUAGCAGCAACGGAUCUCUUCAACCGCCAAAUGUCAACGAAAUUAAAUCAAAAAGAGUAAAUGACGUGCCAGGAGAGCGCUUGGCAUUGCAGUCUUGGCUCACUGAUAAGCAAUGGACUGCAAUGCUUAUAGAUAAUCCCAAUCGUCUGUUCGAACUAUGA